GCACGCUUCAGUGAUCUGUCUUUUAUUGUUACGUAUUUAAAAAUACACUCCCUGCCAUUCAAUAGAAGGAAAUUCCAUUAUUUCAUAGAGAGAAUAUGGCUUCUUACGGACAAACAUCGGGCGAAAAUGCAUACAAUGCUGGCUAUGACCAAAACGUGGGACAGAACCCUCCAAACCAAGGAAUGACGAACCCAUACAGUGCAGGUUUUGACCAAAAAGUAGGACAGAAUCCUCAAAACCCUGUUAACGCUGGUUAUAACCAGAAUGGAGGACAAUAUCCACAAAAUCAAGGCCCACCAAAUCCUUAUUCCGCUGGAUAUAACCAACCCCCACCCCCAGCAUACACACCGAAUCCUCAUGGCUACCCCGGAAGUCAAGGCUACCCGGCGGGUCAAGGCUAUCCCACGGGUCAAGGCUAUCCGACAGGUCAUCCUGGUUAUGGUCCACCGCCUCCUGUUGUACAGCAGCCUCAACACCACACAACAACAAACGUCGUGGUGACGAACAAUUCGUGCCCCUCGGUCCUUUUCAUCAGACGCCGUUUCCACAGUGAUUAUCUUGUUCCGGCUAUUUUGGCGUGUUUCUUCUGUUCCCCUUUGACUGGGAUUCCCGCCAUUAUUGCUGCAUGCAUUGCGAGAGACCGAUUUGACAAUGAAGACAUAGAGGGUGGACGCAGCAGUGCCAGAUGGGCUCUGGGAUUAACACUGCUUUCUGUGUUCCUCGGGAUCGGUUGUUACAUUCUUCUGGUAGUACUCUCGGUGUCUGGUUCCAGAUCUGACAACUAUAAUGGCUACUAAAGAUUGUCUGGAAACAAAUUCAGACUGCUCUAAGGCCUUUAUUUGUAUUAUUGUUGUUUAAUUUUUUUUUGUAUAUUGUCGAAGUAUAUUGUUGCUUACAUUAUUGUGCUUUAUAUAUUGUAUAAUUUCACUUAUGUGCUUCUAUACAGAGGGAAUAAUGUUAUACAGUCAUUUUAAGUUUGGAAAGGAACAUCUGAUAACAAUUUUUACACUUGAUAAAAAAGCAUCAAGGAUUUCACAUAUGGUUGACGGAAAUCACUUUCACUUUAUAUAGUUAAUUACGUAAUGAAACGCAAAUGGUACUCAAAAAUGAAUAUGACGAACGGACAAUGGUUCAUUUCUAAGCUCCUUUUAACAAAUUCAAUAAUUGUGAGAAGGACAAAAUACACAUUGAAACAUUAUGGGCUGGUAUGUACAAUAGAUAAUCAAGCUUUCCCUUGAUGAACAGUCAUACCAGGAGCCCUCCGUACUAAACAUAAAAAUGGAGCAUUCGUGUGAAAACAUUGCAUUUAUGCUUAGUUUGCUUUGCAAUCAAGGUCUAAAGACCUUAUAUCCUCGAAAUGAAAUGCUGAUUUUAAACAAGACAAUUAAAAGCCAUGUAAUAUCAACGAGAUGGGCAAAGAUAUCGAAGUUCACAGUAAUCUAUCUCAAAUAACCUUCAAGAAAUGUCCAGAGUUUGGAACCGGUGCCUACGAGAAGUAAUCCUUCCCUAUCGACCGGUCACACAUACUUAUACCUUGAACCUUAUGUAACUAUGAAAGAUUGAUCAUGGUCUUGAGUGUUGAAUAAGCUAAGAGAGGUAGUAACCAUUUAAGCUGACAAUGUAAACAAGGUAUGUUGAUGAGACAAAAGCUUUAUAUCUAUAUACAUUUCGUUUGUUAUACAGUUCUGUCGUUAGUUUUCUAUAGAAUACAUAAUUAGAUGUUGUUUAUGAGGAACUCGUACAUACAUACAGUAUAGAAUCAGAGUAUUUUUAACAAAAGAAUGUAAUUUCGUCGGUAACCAAUCACAAAAUAUGAAAAUUCCAUAGUUUAUUCAGAAAGCUAAUGUCUAAUGUGUUAUCAAAGUAACUAUUAACUUACAUUCUAAUAUCAUAUUUUUAUACCACUGGCUUUAAAAAUUUUAUGAUUUAUUUGUUAGUUUUGUAAAUCUAAAAUAUAUUUCAAAAUAAAUAGUAGAAUUUGGCGGAAA